CGCUACUAACAUGUGGCAAGAACUAGAUCCAUGACCUCACAUUUCUGAUAGCAAUCAAGCUUCCUAGUCAACUUAGUAGUGAGCAGUGGGUGCGAUUAAACAACAUCAAACAAAAUUCGGCCACUGUCUUAUGUCAUUGUUCAAGCUUAAUGUGAAAACAGGGGAAGAAACCAACACUCUCCAGCCAGUUGUAUUUGCCGCCCCUGCUUUUUGUUUCCUCUGCCGCUCGUUGCCUGUUUCCACCUCCGACACCGAGUAUGGCAACCCAAAUCGAAUCCCUUGGCUCCGAAUUCGACCGGAAAUCCGCACUGAAGGCCUUCGACGACUCAAAAUCCGGCGUCAAGGGACUCGUAGAAGCCGGCGUCACGAAAAUCCCGCCGAUAUUCCUUCACCCACUACACAACGCAACAGCUUCCGUCAAGUCAACUACAGGGGAGACUUCUCCGGAGCCGCCAGUCAUCCCGACCGUUGACUUGCAAGGCAUCGACGGCGACCCAGAUCUACGCCACCAGGUGAUCGGGCAAGUACGAGACGCCUGCCGGCGAUGUGGAUUUUUCCAGGUGAUCAAUCACAGGAUACCCUCACUGCUUCUUGAUAAGAUAAUUCAAGGAGUGAAGGAUUUCCACGAACAAGAAACUGAAGUGAGGAAAGGGUUCUACACCAGGGACUUCGCCAACAAAACGGUGACGUACAAUUGUAAUUUUGAUUUCUACCAGUCGCCGGCGGCGAACUGGAGGGAUACCAUCAGCUGUGUCACGGCGCCACGCCCACCAAACCCUCAAGAACUCCCUCCAGCUUGCGGGGAGAUAAUGGUUGAUUACUCGAACCAAGUGAUGGGAUUGGCAAGGAAGCUGUUUGAAUUGGUUUCUGCAGCAUUGGGGCUGGACCCUAAUUACCUUAACAACAUAGGUUGCUCGGAAGGGCUGAUGCUUCUGGGUCAUUACUACCCGGCUUGUCCUGAACCAGACUUGACAAUGGGAACCAGCAGUCACACAGACAGCAGCUUUCUUACUGUGCUUCUGCAAGACCAAAUUGGGGGUUUACAGGUCUUUUGUGAUGAUAAGUGGGUUGAUGUGAAGCCCACAACAAAUGCUCUUGUUAUAAAUAUAGGAGACAUGUUGCAGUUGAUCUCUAAUGAUGAAUUCAAAAGCUCCCAACACAGAGUACUUGCUAAAUCAAUAGGCCCCAGGGUUUCAGUGGCUUGUUUCUUCAGACAGCAGCUGCAUCCUGAGAACUCCCGAGUUUAUGGCCCGAUUAAGGAGCUUAUAUCGGACGGGAAUCCCCCGGUUUUCAGGGAAACCACCGUGAAGGAGUUUGUUGACCAUUACUAUGCAAAAGGGCUUAAUGGGAUCUCUGCCGUGGAGCAGUUUAGGGUCUGAAUUCUUGGAACCAUGGCAGAGAACAAUCAUUUGAUACGGAAUAAAUUUGCUAUCUUGCUAGAGCUGGAUGUUCGGGUAGAAAUGAAGUCUGGUUUCUGUGUAAAUGGUUUAGGUUUCCACUUUCUUUUUCUAUGAUCUGUGAUCCCCUGUGAUGCUAAUGGCCAAGUAAACUUUCUAUAUCGUUUGAUAAAUCCUGUAUUCUCAGCAUGCAAUCUGUAGAACUGAGUGAAAUACAAGAAUCAUUAAGGG